AUGAAAGUCUCCGUGGCUGCCCUCUCUCUCCUCAUCCUCAUCCUCACCAUUACUUCUGCUGUUCACAGCCAGCCAAAAAUUCCUGAGUCGGUGAACCCUCCACCCACCUGCUGCCUCAAGUAUCAUGAGAAAGUAUUGCCAAGAAAAAAGGUGGUGAGAUACAGAAAGGCCCUCAACUGUUACCUGCCAGCAAUCAUCUUCAUCACCAGAAGGAAACGAGAGAUCUGUACCAACCCCAAUGACGAAUGGGUCCAAGAAUACAUCAAGGAUCCCAGACUACCUUUGCUUCCUUCCAGGAAGUUGGUCUAGGUUAACAUUAUUCGAUCUGAAAAAGGUCAACCCCAGAUCCUCAACUCCCCAUGGUGGUCA